CAAUUUAAUCAUCUCAGCAUUUUGCAAUCUCUAAAUUCCCCUUUAAUCCUCUCUCUUUUUCCCAAUUCUCGUUGAAAAUGCAGAUCUUCGUAAAAACCCUAACAGGGAAGACCAUUACUCUGGAGGUCGAGAGCUCCGAUACAAUCGACAACGUUAAGGCAAAGAUCCAAGAUAAGGAGGGGAUUCCUCCGGAUCAGCAGCGCCUCAUCUUCGCCGGAAAGCAACUUGAAGACGGCAGAACCCUCGCCGACUACAACAUCCAGAAGGAGUCGACGCUCCAUCUCGUUCUCCGCCUCCGCGGUGGGAUGCAGAUCUUCGUCAAAACUCUAACGGGGAAGACGAUCACGCUCGAAGUCGAGAGCUCUGACACAAUCGAUAACGUCAAAGCCAAAAUUCAGGAUAAGGAAGGAAUUCCCCCUGACCAGCAACGGUUGAUCUUCGCCGGGAAGCAGCUUGAAGACGGCAGAACCCUAGCCGACUACAACAUCCAGAAGGAAUCCACUUUGCACUUGGUUCUCAGGCUUCGUGGAGGGAUGCAGAUUUUCGUCAAAACCCUAACCGGUAAGACGAUUACUCUGGAGGUCGAGAGCUCCGACACAAUCGACAACGUCAAGGCCAAAAUUCAGGAUAAGGAGGGAAUUCCGCCGGAUCAGCAGCGCCUCAUCUUCGCCGGGAAGCAGCUUGAAGAUGGCAGAACCCUAGCCGACUACAACAUCCAGAAGGAGUCGACACUCCAUCUCGUUCUCCGCCUCCGCGGCGGGAUGCAGAUCUUCGUCAAAACCCUUACGGGGAAGACGAUUACUCUAGAGGUGGAAAGUUCUGACACAAUCGACAACGUCAAGGCAAAGAUUCAGGAUAAGGAAGGAAUUCCCCCUGACCAGCAGAGGCUUAUCUUUGCCGGCAAGCAGCUUGAAGAUGGGAGGACAUUGGCCGAUUACAAUAUCCAGAAGGAGUCGACAUUGCAUUUGGUUCUGAGGCUGCGCGGUGGGAUGCAGAUAUUCGUCAAGACGCUUACUGGAAAGACCAUAACUUUGGAGGUGGAGAGCUCUGACACGAUUGAUAAUGUGAAGGCGAAGAUUCAAGACAAAGAGGGGAUUCCACCAGACCAGCAGAGGCUCAUAUUUGCUGGGAAGCAGCUCGAGGACGGGCGUACCCUCGCUGACUAUAAUAUCCAGAAGGAGUCCACUCUGCACCUUGUCCUUCGCCUCCGUGGUGGUGAAUGGUGAUCAUCUCUGAAUUGAUUACUACAUAGCUUGGCAAGUUAGUUUUUGUAAUCAAAAGCUCGGUUUAUGCUCGUAUUCUACUGUAACUGCAAGUUUGUGAUAUUCUGUUGUUAUUAAGUAAAUCUUGUUUCGUUC